CGGAACAAACAUAGGUGCAAAGUUCAUAAAUUCAAGUGAAAACAUGGCUGAGGCAAUGCCUUUAAAUAUGACUGAAGAUGAAGCAAUCACAUGCCCCAUGUGUUUUGAGGACUUCAGCAAUCUCAUCCCUAAGAUUCUACAAUGUGGACAUACAUUCUGCCAUCACUGUUUGGAAAGGUACCAACAGACUGCCCCCUCAUUUCGUAUUAUUAAAUGCCCCACUUGUCGAAUAAACACUGAACUAAGAGAUGGAGUGGUUGAAAACUUGCCAACCAACUUUUUAGUUAAAGAAAUAGCCUAUGCUAAAAAGUUUACAGUCACAAAACCUAAGUCAACAAUUUCUCAUGUCCCAAAAAAGGAUGACUCGAUCGCCAUAGUCGAAUUAAAAAUCACCUUAACCCUUGAAAGAACAAAACAAGAAGUGCUUAAAUUCAAACAGUAUUUAAACUCAUACAUACACACGAUUGCGCUAUUAAUGGUGGCCAGGUUUAACAAGAUUCGAACUGCAAGUCUGGUUGAAGAGACCAGUUAUACGAACAUUAAAAAAAGUUUGAUUGAUGCAAGACAACAUAUACAGACUCUCACAAAUAACAUAUUGGAUUACUCGAGACUUGAUAACCUAGCAAGCCCUGAACAUAUCAUGAACAAAUACAACACUACACGAGAACUGCUGACUAAACUAGAAGAACUGAAACCACCAGCAACAUUUAUGGGAAAAGCAAAAAUCGUUUUUACAAAUAUCUUCAGUAAUAUUUUCACUAGCAGAGAAGGGCGAAGCUACAUAGGAAGCACAGAUAAAUUCGAGAGACUCCGAGAAACACUGACUCAGAUAUUACAAAUUUUUGAAUUCACAAAAUCGUCAUCAGUUAAGCUCACUGAACUUGAAAAUGACAUUGAUGAUGCAAUAGAAAUCAUGAACCUUACAACUCAAGGGCAAGCAAAAAAUCUUAUGAUGGAGUGGAGUAUCAUUUCAGAGUCAAUGCAGUCUAGACAGGUAGCAUUGGCAAAGGAAUUUGAUGAGUUUGAGAUAAAUCACAAACAUAUUGUUGAGAAGUUAUCUGAUAUUGAUAACUAGAGGCUAAUUAAUAUAUAUUCAUCUAAAGUACAUAAUACAUGUAAUUCUGAUUUGGUGCUAAUGUUGGGGAACCAAACAUAUAUAAACAUUUAAAGUUGUGUCAAGUAUCCCUAAAAUAGUUUUCCUUAUGCUGUUAGAUUCUACAGUAUUGUAUUGUAUUGUAUUGUAUUUUAUUGUAUUGUAUUGUAUUGUAAGUUUCAGUUCAGUACAUUGUAAAAUAUUAACUCACCCUUGAGCUUUUACAAUGAGUUGAUGUGAAUAUUACAAUAAGAGAUUUCUCCACAGUAUGCUAUAGACUGUACAUGGCAGAGUUCUUGUAUAUACCAUACAAUAAUAUUCACAUACCUUUAAUGGGGUUGCCACCAUCAUCAUUGGGUUCUUUCCAGUUGAGUGUCACAGAGCUUCUAUUGUAUUUGCCAAUUUCUAAAUUACGAGGAGCACCUGGAGGAUCUGAAAUAAGAAAAGAAAUCAAUAAAAAAUUUUGAUUGUCAGGAGGGUUUGAAGUACAUGCUAUAUUGUGCCAUCCCUUGUAAUAACAAAAAAUAUUUUUUUUACCAAUUAAAUACUUAAUUGGCCAGAUUGUUUACAUGAACAUCAUGUUGUGCAAAUAUAAAUGAUGUGCAUAUAUAAAUGGCAGGUAUACAUGUAAAUGGGAUCUAUGAACAGUCAGAUCUUAAAGGUAUAAUACUAAGUACUGGAGAGUUUCAGUAUAUGAUAUUU